AUGGAGAGCAAUCGCAGGAAACUAGCAUCUUCCCUCGGAUUCUCGCUCCGACUUUCUCGCAGGCUGAAGGAACAGCAGGUGGUGGAUCAUUUGGGUUCCGCCCUGUAUGCUCUGACCGCUGAGUACUCUGUGCGAGAUGAUGCUGUUGCGCCUUUUCUGCUUCCCGGAUCUUCUGAGAUCAGACUGUACGAUGCCAUCAUGGUUAGUGAGCAAAGGACGCUUCCACAAUCCACACAAACCGAGGCCAACAUCAUCACGGAAGUUCAAUGCCGAACUCUCAUGGACGAUGUAAUGAGCCAGGUUAGAGUGCAGUUCGCGCAAGCUGAGGAAAUGGCAAAACAGCAGGACGCUCUCAUUCAGAAGCUGCAAUCAGAGGUAUACCACCUGGAGGAGGCCCUGCAAUCAGACAAGUAUUGCAAUCCACCUCCUUCCUCGGUGCCAGACAAGCCAGUGGGAUGGCAUAGUGAUCGUGCCGACACGUGCUGUUCCUUUUCUUCACGCGAGACUCUGCCCCUUGAGCUCCUCCGAGAACAGCACUAUCAGAGAAGACGAGAGGCAAAAUUACGGAGACGUGCUGAACGACAAGCUCAAGACGAGUGGCGAGAUCGAGCCAUGCAACCCGAAGAUGAUGCUGAGGGCCAAGACGCGUGA